AAACUUUCAACAUUCCCAAUUUAUCAGAUGUUAUAGAAACUUAUGACAAAUAUUUUUCUAAAAGACCAUUAAAUGCCGAUAAAGAAUUUUAUCUUCAACCUAUUGAAAAUAUUGGUCAAA